GCUGCUAACUAAGCGGGUCGCGUGGUUGUGUCCCUGGAAUUUCAGGGGGUGGGAUCAUGGGAGGAUUGUGCUCUUCAGUUCAAGUGGCCCAUGAUGAUGAUCUGGAUUAUGGAUAGAAAGAAGUGGCUUUGAAAUUUCUUUAAAAAAAAGAAGGAAACUUCAUUCAGCAUUACUCACUGUACUACCAUGGAGUCCGGAGACGAUGUUCAUUAUUGUCUGCGAUGCGACUCUGAGAUCAAGGGGUUGAUGGCUUACGUGGAGCACCGGCAGUCCCAAUGCACAGCAGCUGAUAAGCCUUCCAGCCCUGAAAACGCAGGAAGUGGAGAUGCGGAGGAAGAUGGCACACAAGAUGCGGAGGAAGAUGGCACACAAGAUGCGGAGGAAGAUGGAACACAAGAAAAGGCUGGCGAAGGAUAUGUUCUGAUUGAUGGAGAGCCUCUGGCAAUAGACCCUCCCAGCGAUCUGGAUGCUGAGAGCUCACCGAAGAAACGUGGUAGGAAGCGGAAGGCAACCUCCCCGCAAACUUCCCCUCAGAGAACUCCUGAGUCACAGAAAGUGGAGGAGAGGACCGCCGAUUCCCCCAGGAGAUCAGGUCGUAGAGGAAUCAGGAUAUCGUAUGCAGAUCUAGCUGCUGGUAUAGACAGGAGUGAAGCCAGGAUGUCUAGUGAUGAUGGCAAAGUAAAGGAUGGAAAAGCCAAGUUAUCUAAAGCUAAGGAUUCCAAAGCCAAGGACAAAGCUAAGGAUAGUUCUCCAAGGAAGGUUGGAAGGCCAAGGAAAAAAGAAGAGACAACAUCAGACAAACAAAAGAAGUCGGUCACUGAGAAGAUGGACGAAAAGACGAUGGUUAAAAAGGAGACAGUCGAAGAGGAGUCGGUUGAAGAGGAGACAGUCGAAGAGGAGAUGGUUGAAGAGAAUAUGGAGGAAAAUCAAACAGUUGGUCAAAUGGUGAAGAUGAGAGCCUUCCAAGAGAAGAAUCAGAAGACCAGGAAAAAUAGAAGGAAACUGCAUGUAGCGGCACAGAAGAAGCUUGCAGCAAAGAAGAAGAAAAAGAGUAUAAACGUACAGAAGAAGGAAGGCGAUGAAGUACAGAACAAAGAAGGUGAUGAAGAACAUCACGAAGCUGUCUCAAGUGGUGGUUCCGAUGGAUUUCUAGAAGAUGUAGCUGCAAUGACAGAUGAAGCUGCAGCCCAGAAUCAAGAAGCAUCGAUCCUCAUAAAAGAUGGUAAAUUCUAUUGCACUGUAUGCCGCGUCUAUUGCACCUCCAAGAAGAAGAUAGACGUGCAUUGCGUCACCAAGAAGCAUGCCAAAAGGUUUAAGCUGGGUCCAGUUGAACCUGCCGACGAAGAGGAAAGCCCUUCUAAAAUCAAAGUUCUGCGGGAGGUUCUUGAAUGUAACAUGUGUUCUUACAGAACCAAGAACGAAGGCCACUAUGCCAGGCAUCUUGCAUCCAUCAGUCAUGCUCAGAAAGCCUCGGUGGACCUUUACGCAUGCGACAAGUGCCACCGAAAAUAUAAGACUCAGGAGGAGCUUGAAAGUCAUCACGAAUUCCAUGUUAUCCCAAGAUGUGGAAUGUGCAAAGAAACCUUUGAGACGGAGGAACUCUUGGAAACACACCGGAGUGAGAUGGGUCACAAAGUUGAGAAUCGCUGUCCAGAAUGUGACAAGUGUUUCUCCAACAGGGGUAACCUUAGAAAUCACAUGCGGAUACACAACCCGGACUGCAAAUACAAAUGUGAUAUUUGCGAAUACUCCUGUGUACAAUGGGCAGACAUGAAGAAGCACAAGUAUCGUCACAUGGGCUUCAAGCCAUUCAAGUGUGGUCUGUGUGAGGCUGAGAGUCUGACUAAACAUGGGAUGGAGAGGCAUAUGAGAACGCAUCUUAUCCGCACCAAGGAUUACAAGUGCGACAUAUGCGGCAAGGGGUACUGCGAAGAAUACUUGAUGAAGCAGCACAAGUACAUGAAACACAGCCUUGAGAGACGUUUUCCAUGUGACUUUGAAGGAUGCACCUACGCUUUCAAGUUCAAAUCAUCACUGCUGCUUCAUCAGCGAAUGCAUACUCAAGAGAAACCUUACCUGUGUGCUGACUGCGGAUAUAAAGCAUCCACCAAGUACAGUCUCACAAAACACAUCCGUCUUCAUACUGGUGAGAAACCGUUCCACUGUGACUACCCAAACUGCAAUUAUAAGUGCCGUCUCUCAACCCAUCUCAGCCGCCACAAGAUCAUUCAUACUGGAAUCAAGCCUUACCACUGUCCCUUUUGCUUGUAUGCGUGUAACAAUAAGCAAAACUUGCGGAAGCACCUUCUGAACACUAAAUCUCACUUUGGGUUGAAGAUGUACAAGUGCAAGAUAUGCCCCGACUAUUCCACCAAUGUUUUCAGGGAUUAUGUCUUCCACAUACGCCAAAACCAUGCUGAGGAUGAGAAAUAUAUCAGUUACUUUGAAGUGGCAGAGAGUGUGACUCUGAAGAAUCUACAUAUGGCUGCAGCCUUGAAGAAUGAGGAGAACAUUGCAGCCGAAGCAAUACAAACGGAGGAAAUGAUGGGUGAGGAAGAUCUGCAGUCUUUCUCAGUUGUGACCAUCGUGCCGGGCAAGAAAGGGGGCAAGAAAAGGAAUGUAACCAUCAUGGAUGACAGGGUCGAGGUUCAGAAGAAACUUGAGCAGGUGAUUUUAGCCCUCGAAGACCAUUCCGCUGAGGUAGAGGCCAAGGCAGCGGGGGAAGCGCAGGCAGGCCACAGCUCACAGGAGACAGAAUCCGUGGUGCCUAUAGCUAUCCAUGGCAACAAUCUUGGAGAUUAUGUCGGCCUGGUUGACAAAGAGCUUGCGCUUGGAAAAGAUGGGGAGACUAUUGUCAUUGUUCCAGAGGUGGAGAACGAGACAGAGGUCUGUACAACAGAAACAACCGAGGCUGUGGUACCUACAGGGGAGGGAGGGGAAGCAAUCACUCAGUUUGUGGUGGAGUUUGACCAGCAAGGUCGGUUGGUGACUGAGGAGGACUUGGCAGCGGCCACCUGGCUUCACAACAUGGGCAACAUUCAGGAUGUCACUGUAGAGAUCCAAGAAGAAGCUGCAACGGAAGAAGUUCAAGGAUGACAAAACUAAUUUUUCACGCCUUCUCAAUGGAAUGAUAUUAUUAUCUUGAGUUCUGGUUAUAGAAUUGCAAUUUUGAAUUGUUUAUCGAGUCGUACGGACAAGGAAAAAAAAAACCAAAAAUUGCUGACAUAUUCACAGAAAUAUAGAAUAUAGAAGGCAACACAACUUGCACUAAAUCUCACAAUCAAUGAAUUUGAAGUUUCUUUAAAACCAUUCGCUGUCCAAAAAAAGUUCUUAUUACAACAUUAUCUAAAAAUUUGAAUAAACAAGCAGAAGCUUUCUUUAGAUAUGCAACUUUAAUGCCAAAGACUCAAGAUUUUAAUUUGUAUGGAUCAUCGUUAUCUUGAUUAAAUUGUCAAUUGUUAAUUUAAAUUAUUUUAUGAAAUUAGGAAUGUUAAAAAAUAGUAAUUAGCUGUAUGAUUUAAUGUUAUUAUAAAAACUCGGCCAUGGAUUUAGUUGAACCGCUUGUAGUUGCAGUAUGUAAGAUAUAAUUUUGAGUAUAUAGUGACAGUAGUCUUGAUUUCUUGUUGAAUAUUUAUGACUGUUUGAAAAGUUGCCUUUAUUGCUGUGAUAAUACUCAUGGUCACCCAUUGCAGCUAUUUAUUAUACCGAUGGAACUAUGUACAGAUUGAGUUCAUGGCUUCCAAUUAAGAAAAGAAAUGUACAGUGUUGUGAAGGAAAUAUCGCUGAAUGCAGCAUGAUUGCAUUUAUUUUGUGUCCCAAGUUUCAGACACUGAAAUUGUGAUUCAUUUAUAUUCACUAUUUAAUAAAAAUCUAUGUAGAAUUCACUCAUUUUUUAAUAGAUUUUUAGAAAUGCGCAGAUUUAAUCAAGGACUUGUCACUUUUCUAAAGUGGACAUGAUACUUCUAGCCCAAUUUUAAUUUUCAAUGACUUGAAGAAUUCCAAGGAGUCAAAAAUGCUGUUUUGGUCGAGUUUCUUUAAUAGAGGAAUAUGAAAAUGCCUACUAGGCCUAUAAUAAUAAUAAUAUGUAGCUUUUCUAUAGCCCUUAAUACAAGGUCUCUAAGCACUUUACAAAUAUACUAUUACUAUACUAUAGCUAUGGCACUCAUCAGCAAGCACAUAUCUCCUUUGUUUUUGUAAGAGCAAAAUGCCCUGAAUUAACUUUCCCUCUAAGUUAAAGAUGUAAAAAGUAUUCAUGCUAAUAUAUACAUGUAAGUAAGAUAUUUUGAGAAUUAUUUUUCAAACUAAUUUUUGAAUGUAAAUAUGUUAGAUUUUUUCAUAUAUCUUUGUGUGGCACCUUACCCAAUCGAUUACCAUUUGCAUGAAUUGCAGGGAGAACCGAUAAAUUUAUCUUGGUUGAAUUGAUUAGCUGUUAUAGUACACUUUUAAAUUUUAAAUGAAUUUAAAAGGUAUCUUUUCUUAAAAAAA